AUAAAUGAUCCAGAUGCGGAGCUGUGGGUGAUGGUGUACACACUCCCUGCAGUUCUGACCCUGCUUGUUGGAUUUAACCCUCUUGUCACAGGUCACUUCAUUUGGCGGAGUGUCUCUGGAAUACACAUCUUCUUCUGUGUGGUGUGGGCCUCCCGCUUGAUGUCCUACCUCUUGCUUCAUACACAACAGAACAUCUUACAUGAGGAGGAAGGCAGAGAACUCUCUGGCCUGGUGAUCAUCACAGCGUGGAUGAGCCUCUGCCUCAGCUCGUCAAAGAAUCCAGUUGGUGGAAGAAUUCAAUUGGCUCUUGCCAUUGUGAUCACUCUUUUCCCAUUUAUCUCCUGGGUCUACAUAUACAUAAACAAGGAGAUACGGUCUUCUUGGCCAACCCACUGCAAGACAGUAAUGUAAAUGAAUUCAAGAAUCCUUGUCUUAAAAUUAAUAUUUUAAAUUAAUUUUUUUAUGCAUAUUGGGGUAACAAACCAAUUUCUCAGAAGUUUAUUUCAGGUAAUCUGAGUUUAUAUUAGAGAUUACUUUCUUUGUUGUUUUUUGGAAGGUCCUAAGAAAUUUAAAAGACUGCCUACAGUGCGGUGUAAGAUUAGAUGUAACUAGCAAUACUCAGGGUCUAGCAUUCUCUGGAGGCUUCUUUUCUGAAAAGUACUGUGUCACGGUGUAGUGGAAAUGUAGGACAAAAGUUAACAAGUACGAGUUCUAAUUAAGCUUCAUCUCCAUCUGUGUGACUGGGGGAAACAAAAAUACCUCCUGUUGGAUAUUUUCCUAUCUAUAAAAUAGGAUUAAUACUAGGUCUCCUACUUAUAUAGUUGCAAGAAUCAAACUAGAUAACAUGAGAGUACUCUGAAAAAAAGUGUUUGCAAAGGUUACAAAGGGCUGUGCAUGAUUAAAAUAGAGGGGAGUAGAAUUUGGGUAAUAUAUUUCAGUCAAGGUUGGAGAGAGGAUUACAUCUCUGAAUUAAUCUCAUUACACUGAAUUGGUAUGGUGCUAUUAACUAAAUGAGGAAUCUAGGUGAACCUAACAGGCAUGUCUCAGAAAGAAAGAAAGCUGGGUGAAAUAAUUUAGGACCAACCAAGAAGGAAAUAGGGGCCCAGCCACCAUGGUGUGCUGCUAAGACUCUGUAACCUAUAGGCUGGAACCAUAUAGGAGGCCUGGGUUUGAGUCCCCAUCCAACCUAAAAGUCAGAUGUGGUGGUACAUACCUAGGUCUCAGCUGGGAGACUGAGGUAGAAGGAUCUUAAUGGCAAGACUUUAUCAUGAAAAAGUAAACAAAAAAAGAUGAAAACAGGGAAUAGUUCAUUUCAUUCUAAAUAAGAAAUAAGGCUAAAAUCUAUGUACAUUCUUUAAAAAUGAAUAUCCAAAGUACCUGUAGAAAGAAAAGCCAUCUCAGAACUGUACUCCCCAGUGUGGUAGUGACAAACCACUUGUUGCUAACAAGUUCGUGGAGUGUGACUAGAAUGACUAAAAAGUACAUUUUAAUUUUGUUAAAUUUUCAUUUUAAUUUAAAAACUGAUAUUCAAUUAUUUAGAAAACAUGGUUAAGUGUGUUGGGAACAACUCAGGUCUGUGAAUCUACUUUGUCAACUGCAAAUUUUCUGAUUCCUAAAUACAGAUCAAGUAUUGUAAUGAAAAUUCAAUGUCCAAAUGGACUAUCUGUAUAAAAUACACACUGUGUUUUAAAAUUGUAUUAUCAAAAAGAAAGGAUGUAAAAUAUUUUAUAUUGAUUACAUUUUGCAAUAAUAUUUGAGAUAUUUGGUUGAAUAAAAUAUGCUAUAAAAAUUAA